UUCUUAGUGAAGGAUGAGAAAGUGACGGCUGACUUGAUCUCGGCAGAUAGAGAGUCAUCUGGAAAUGGUGGUGAGCUCUAAAUGCCGUGCCGGAAGGAAGUUCAGAAAAAAAUACGGUCAUUAAUUUUCCGUCUGAACCUUAAGUCUUAUCCAAACAUUUUAGCAAUGUCAACCAAGAGAGAUUAGGCUAUUUAUUUGUUAUGUCGGAUGAAUUGAUUUAGAUAGUUUUAUUUUUUAAAAGCUGAUGAUAAUAGAGUCUAUAUUCUGGCUUGAACAGCCAGAUAGAAGGUUAUGAAGACAUUAAUUAUUUUUACCGAAUUUAGUGAAAAUAGUUGACACAAAAUUAAACAAAAUAUGGCUGCUCCUUCUUCCUGCUACAGUCCAAAACCAUUGGUAACAGAGAAACCUCCUGAUGGUAGUAUCCAGUUUACCAUAAUGAAAUAUCCUAAAGAAGCUUUUGAAGUAAUGACAGUCUUACAACGCACAAAUAAUUUAUGUGAUGUUACUUUAGUUGUUGGCGAGGAAAAGUUUUUAGUGCAUAAGAUAGUUUUAGCAGCAGCAAGUCCCUAUUUUCGUGCAAUGUUUACAGGUGGUAUGCGAGAAAAAGAUAUGGAUUUGAUUCCAUUACAUGGAAUAUCUCCAUGUACACUCUCAGGUCUAAUAGAUUUUGCUUAUACAGCUGAAAUACGUAUCAACGAAUUAAAUGUUUGUUUCUUACUUCCAGCAGCUACUAUGUUUCAAAUGACACAUGUUGUUGAAGCUUGUUGUUUGUUUCUAGAACGUCAGUUAGACCCUAGUAAUUGUAUAGGAAUAUCAAAUUUCGCUAGUGAACAUGGGUGCUUAGAGUUAGAAACCAAAGCUCGAACAUUCAUUCAUAAAAAUUUCUGUGAAGUUAUCAAAUGUGAGGAAUUUUUGAUGUUAAGUCCAUGCCAAAUGAUCAAUCUUAUUAAACAAGAUGAACUAAAUAUCAAAUGCGAAUCUGAAGUAUUUCAAGCAGUUAUUAGAUGGGUUGAAAACGACCCCGAAAAACGUCUUCUAAAACUAGAAUCAUUACUUGGUGCAGUGCGGAUCAAUUUUUUGUCACCUUUAUUCUUGGAAUCCCAAUUAAAUAGUUGUAAAAUUCUAAAGAAAAUGCCUCAGUGCCUCCAAACUUUGUCUGAAAAGCUGAAAAAAUUAAAACUGCACGAGCAGUGUCCAGAAAGGCCUCGUCGACCUUGUUCUCCAUUAGUUAUAUUCUGUGCUGGAGGAUAUUUAAGACAAUCUUUAAGUAAUUUUGAAUGUUAUAAUCCACACGCUAAUCAGUGGCAUAGAUUACCUGAUUUGCCUGUACCUAGAAGUGGACUAUCAGCGUGUUUGGUUAAAGGAUCUUUAUAUGUGGUAGGGGGGAGAAAUAAUUCACCUGAUGGUAAUAUGGACUCAGGAUCAACAGAUAUGUAUGAUCCUAUGAGAAACAUGUGGAUGCCAAGGACACCUAUGAAUGUACCUAGAAAUCGUGUUGGUAUAGCUGUUAUAGAUGGAAUGAUAUAUGCUGUGGGUGGAUCACAAGGUCAACAGCAUCAUUGUUCAGCUGAGAGAUAUGAUGCAGAUAUAGAUCGAUGGAAAAAUAUAGCAUCAAUGUCAACUAAGAGAAUAGGAGUGGGGUGUGCUGUAGUAAAUAGACUAUUGUUCGCAGUGGGAGGUUAUGAUGGGCAAAAUAGAUUGCGCAGUGUAGAACGAUACAAUCCAGAAAGAGAUGAAUGGAAUUUUGUAGCACCAAUGAAUACAAUGAGAAGUGGUGCGGGUGUAGCUACUAUGGAUUGUUAUAUCUAUGUAGUAGGAGGAUAUGAUAGUACUAGUCAACUACGUUCAGUAGAAAGAUACUGUGUGGAAACUAAUACAUGGGAAUUUGUUUCUCCAAUGAAUAGUCCAAGAAGUGCACUCAGUGUAGCUGUUGUUAAUGAUAAACUUUAUGCAUUAGGUGGAUAUGAUGGAAGUGAUUUCUUGUCAUCAGUAGAAUCGUAUAACUGUGAUCAAGAUGAAUGGACAGAAUGUACUAAUAUGACUUGUGGUCGUAGUGGACAUGGUGUAACAGUAGGAGCUGAACCAUGUUUAAUAUAGUAUUUUAAUACUACUUCAGCGAUAUUAUCUUACACCACUUGCCUCCAUACUCUAUCCACAAUAAGACUGGCUGCAAGUGUAAGCCAUUGGCUAAUCUUAAAAAAGAAAAAGUUUACAGAUUUUUAUAGAGAACUGACCAAGAAGCUAAUUUACUGAAUAUUGGCACCAUUUUGGCAAAUAAUUUGCAGGAAUUUUCAAUGAUUGACAUGUUGCGGGUAGCAUGAAUCAGAAUAAAAGGUUUUCAUGAA